GAGCUCUAAGACGGAGCGCUUUGACGCGCUGAGAGGAGGACAGAGCGUCACAUCUCUCCAAACGCCCAUCAAACUUUCGGCAGAGAGGACUCAGUGCUCCAGAGGAGGCCUGUUAGAGAGUACGCGCUGAUUUUUUUUUUUUUUUAAUUUUUCUUGGACAUGCCCAGCGAUGGAGAGACUUUUCACGAUGAAUUUUGGUACAGUUUGACAACAUUGUGAUUCCUUUCUGAAAGCUCCUUCUACACGUUCCCCCCAUCCUUUCAGCGACCGAGCGAGGGAUGGAGCAAGCACCAAGCGCGCCGAGUCCUCCUCCAAAAGCAGUCAACCACGAACCCAUCAGCUUCGGCAUCGACCAGAUUCUGGGAGCCGGUUCGGAGCCGGAGAGCGGGCGCACGCCGGGCAGACAGAGUGGAUCGGAUUUAAGCAACGGGGACGCCUAUUAUAGCUUAGGAAACCCGAGCGGUGCCAACGCGCCCUCAUACACGGCGCUGUCCAUCUCCCUCUCUGGGAUCAUGCCUCCAGCGGAUGCUUCGGGUUCGUACGGAGAGAACAGGAGCCUUGGCAGCCGGGGUGUGAUACGAGUUCCCGCUCACAGACCUGUAACGGCCCCGGGACCCCCGGCACCUGUCCAGAGCGCUGUUCCCGGGUUUGGAGGACUGUGCUUUCCUUGGAUAGGAAACAGGUUCGCCAAGGACAGAAUAUCAGCGGCUCUGGUUCCUUUUGCAGUCACUCGGCGGAUAGGUCACCCGUAUCAGAACCGGACGCCUCCGAAGCGGAAAAAGCCCAGAACCUCCUUUUCCAGAGUCCAGAUCUGCGAGCUGGAGAAGCGCUUCCACAGGCAGAAGUAUCUGGCCAGCGCCGAGCGGGCAGCUCUGGCCAAGAGCCUGAAGAUGACCGACGCGCAGGUCAAAACCUGGUUUCAGAACCGCAGAACCAAGUGGAGGAGACAAACAGCCGAGGAGAGGGAGGCGGAGCGUCAGCAGGCCAAUCGCCUGAUCCUACAGCUGCAGCAGUCCGCCCUCCAGAAGUCCCUGAGCGAAUCCGCGGUGUCGGAUCCGCUGUGCGCCCAUAACUCCUCCCUGUACGCUCUGCAGAACCUCCAGCCGUGGGCCGAGGACAGGGAAUAGGGACAGAUAAAUUAAAUGAAACCACUGGGACUUACUUUGAUUCAUGCUGUAUGGAGGAACAAAUGUGACUUGAGACUGAAACAUGGGUCCCGUCUAUUUAAAGCAGAGGAUUGUAGAACGGGACAUGAAAUUCUGGUGAGUGACGCGUACUCUGAAGCAGAAACUGUGGAUUAUUUUUGUUUUCCACCUUGGGUGGAAAAAAAAAAUCUGAACUUUGCAAAACAAAUCUGAAACAGACUGAUAAAAAAAAAGAAAUCUGCCACUCUAUUUGUUCUCAUAUGCUUGCACUUAUUCUGUUCAUUGGAAUAAGACGGGGAGGAAAAUGUCUUGUAUGCAGUUUGUAUGAGGGAUGUAAUUAAUGUCACACUGUAAAACAUGAGAUUAUAUUGUUUUAUGAGUGUGCUUUCUCUUAACACCCAUUUCUGGGUGCUUUGGCUCUGCAAAACGUGUCAAAGCAGAGACAAAAGCUGAUAUUGUUUCUCAUCAUUUUUUCAUUUUUGUGGUGCUUUUUCAGGUCCCAUUCAUAAAGUACUUCUUUUUAAUGCACUCUCACAGACCUGCACAUGUAAACCUGCACAUAGAAAAAGCAACACUUGGGCCAAACAAAAAGAUGCCAAAAAUAUUGCAUUUUGGGUGGAAAACGUGGUUUGAGCUGUAAUAAAACGAAGACAGGCUUCAGGAAAUAGGAAAAUCUCACCCAUGCUGUAAGUUAAGAUAAUAAAGGGAGUGAUGCAUGCUCAGAGAUGUUGCUAAAGUCUUUUCAUAUGCACAUUAUUAUGUUUUUGAAUCGAGCCAGAAAACUCUGUUUUGUACUUUUACUGUACAUGUGUAAAUAAUAUUAUAAACUGUUGUUGUGAUCUUUUGUUUUUCAUUCUCGCUCCUUUUCUGGUGUACCAAAAAAAAAAAAAAAGUUUUUCAGGUUUUUAACUCUGUUAUUAUAAUAAGGUAAAGAAGGUGGGGGAAGCAAGCAUGUGGAGUAGAAUUGUAAAACAUGACAUGAGUUGGUGUUUUUGUUUCUUUUUUCCCUGAAAAGUUUAUUGAUAAAUAUGACUUUAUACAAUAUUUCAAUACACACAUCAUUUGAAACGACAGUUUAAAUUGUUUAUAUGCCUGUCUACCUCUCUGUCGUCUUGUCUGGAUUUCUGCAACUCGUUUAGAUGACUUUACUGGCUUAGCACAGUGAGUAAAAGCGAAAUAUUUAAAUCUUUCAUUCCGGCUCAAUCAUCAAAAAUGAUGGCUCUUGUUUGAAAAAUGGCUUCCGUUCCUCCAGAGUCAGUGUUGAGGUCUAGCUCUCGGAUCUUCGCCUUCCUCCGUCAUCCUUCCUCCCCUCACAGUGAAAUGUUGGUCACUCUGAGUCAGUGUUUGGUCUUUGAACAAGACAGAGCCGAAGA